UGGGGCAAGUUGAUAUCCAGAAACGUACUCGACCAGUGGCAGAGCUUUUGGUGAAGAAGACAUGGACUAGUGAUUGGCUUUGAGCAGAUUGAAAGGAUGCCUCGAUCAACCAGUUGAUUAAUUAAAUCUUAAACAAUUGAUCUAGGAGCAUUCCGACAAUCGUUGAAGACCAUGAUGAUUCUAUACACGGGACAUCUCUUUGUUACACUGGAUUUCAUAUCGAACCAACCACAACGAUUAACAGACGGCAGUUAAAUCAGCGUUCGUUCUGUCUUGUUCCCUAAUAUUUGACAUGGAAUCGUUGCAAUUGGCUAGAAACCUCGGACCAGCUUCUCUCUACAGGAUACUGGUGAUUAUAGGAUGUGGACUGGCUAUAGCGGGGGACGAGGAUCGUGGAGACAAUAAGUCGCCGCAGAUACUUCAUCGGGUAAAGAGAAACACAGCUCCAAACCUAUUGAGUACGGCAUUGAUAGGUCACUCGAUAACCGAAGACCACGCUCGCGUUCCCUUCAGUUAUGUAAUCAGAGGUGCCGAUAUUGAUGGCGACACACUGGUCUACUUCAAGACUUCUGGGGCUCCUGAGGCUCAGUAUGGUAACUGGACUCUAGACAGGACGACAGGCAUGCUGCACUACUGGCCAUAUCAGGAUGCCUAUGGUAUUGACUACCUCUACUUCACAGUAACAGAGCAGAGAACAGACUCCCUCCCAGCCCUGAGUACCAACAGUACCUUUGCCAUAGAAGUGCGACCAGUGCCUGAUCCGCCAGUGAUGUUUCUGUCUUACAAUGGGAAUGACAUGAUCACGGAUAUAAGGACACCAGUCACAAUAACGAUGGAGGAAAACAGUGGAGACAACGUUGCUUAUGAAGACUUGAACAUGCUCCUUGGAGCUUACGACGUCGACCCACCUGACAACCAUACUGCUGUCGUCACAACACAACCAAUGCAUGGAUCAGUGACUUUAUCAACACAGAACACAGAUGUGUUAAACUAUCCAAGUGACUGUCAUUUACCUGCUCAAAAUCAGACAAUAAGAAACGACAGUAAUACAUCUUUACCGCCGACAAUUCCAUGCAAUUUAAAACUACCGCAUCCUCCAGAUGCAAUGUCGUGGGUCACCACGGUGCUGACAUACAAACCAAGUCUAGCUUACUAUGGAAACGACUCAUUCCAAGUGAUUAUUUAUGACAAUUGGGGCCAGCCUUCUCAGACCCCUAACAAUAUGCUGACUGUGAUAGUUCAAGUACUCAACAAUCCGUGCCAAAAUGGAGCAACAUGCUUUGGUCACAAUAACGGUGAUCCAACAUGCAAUCACACCCAGCGUACGACAGGGUUUGACCAGUUCAGCUAUGGGUGUGCCUGUACCCGAGGGUGGACUGGCAUACAUUGCCAGUAUGAUUUCAAUGAGUGCUAUUCCACACCAUGUGUGUCACCUUAUGUCUGUGUGGACCAUUUUGAUGGUUACAGUUGUGACUGCCCAACCAAUAACAGAUACUGUAAGCCGCAGUUCCCCCGCUGGCAGAUGGCGCUCAUCACAGCAGCAGUUGGUAUUUUCAUUGCGACACUGACCAUCUUCAUAAUCUUCAUGGCCAGGCGGAGACAGGAAAGUUUUGUUUCUCUUUCAGACCGAUCAAACGCCAACCGAGAGCUCAAUUUCUUGCCCAAAAUCUGAGUUUCGUUUUCUGUUGAGCCAUUUACUUUUACUUUGCAUGGUAUCUAAUUUUGUUUCAUGCAACCUCCACAAAAAUUCAUUUUAUCUUUUUUAAUCGCUUUUCGUUAUUUUGCGGAUUAAGAACUUUCCUUCGGUUUUUCCCUUCAAAAGAUAUUUUAUCUGCCAAAAUGAAACAGUAAUUCUCAGCAUGUGCUCAAUGGUGACCACAGUGCGAUUCUCUCCUAUUGGUCCAACUAUUCUUCCUGAACAUGAACAGCUAUGCUAUUGACAGUACGUUUCCCUCAAAACCUUUUUGCUUGGUGCCUUAUGUUGCUUUUUGUUUUUCCCCUCUUCAAGUCCCUCUCCGUUGGAAUCAGAUGGGAAAGAGAACAAAGUUAUAGCAGUUGCUCAUGGCUACCCACCCGGUUAUCCAGUCUACCCACCCAACCCAGCACAAGGAGCACCGUACCCAUAUCACAACGGUCAAAUCCCAGUUGUGGAAGAGCCAGAGCUCGCUGCGCUCCGGUUGAGAUGAAGGGCGUCUACAGGAAGGAAUGGGAAGAGAUAACAUAUGGGGAGAAAACGAUCCUGCUGGAGGAGACUCCUGAUCCAACGGAACCACAUGUGUAGGUUGGGCUCACACUACCAAUGCUCUCCAUGAAAGAGGGGUUUCCCUCUCUUUUUUGUAAUGUUUUACUCACUCAACUGCCAUAUAUAAUCAAGUGUCGUUAGUUACCAGUCUCUAAGAAAUUCAAAUGAAGGUUUUCCAGAUAGAUGCACACAUGAAAAUCAAAUUGGUACAAGCUAAAGAGACACAUCUAUUUUUCAAAUU